AGAAAAUUUAAAUUACAACAACAAAAGCCUCAAAAUGGCUCAACACAUCAGAGACGAGUUCUUCCAGAUUCCUAUAGUAACUAGGGUCUAUACAUCAGCUUGUAUACUUACAACAAUAGCCGUGCAACUCAAUGUGGUGUCUCCAUUGUUGCUUCUCUAUCACCCACAGCUAGUAUUUAAGGGAGAAGUUUGGAGAUUGUUUACAUGUUUUCUAUUCUUUGGUUUCGUUGGAAUCGGUUUCUUCUUCAACAUGAUCUUUCUGUAUCGGUUUUGUAGGAAACUAGAGGAAGGUUCUUUUGCCGGAAAAACAGCUGAUUUUCUUGUCAUGUUAAUAUUUGGAUCUACACUAUUACUGUCAAUAUCGACCUUCAUUCAUUUAUUCUUUCUUGGUGAUGCUCUCACAACAAUGAUAGUCUACGUGUGGAGUAGAAGGAAUCCUUACGUGAGAUACACAUUCUUUGGAUUGUUCACAUUCCAGGCUCCCUAUCUUCCAUGGAUACUGGUUCUUCUAUCUGUGCUCUUCAAUGGAUCUAUUAUCGGAGAUUUAGUGGGUAUAGUAGUAGGUCAUAUUUAUUACUUCAUAAUGGACGUCUUUCCUAAUAAACCAGGUGGAUUCCUCUUGUUGAAAACACCACAAUUCAUGAGGCAUUUCUUUGAUGGUCCUCAGAAUGAUCCUAAUUACGCUCCAUUACCUGAAGAUAGACCGGGUGGGUUCGCCUGGGGAGAAGGACGACAGUUACAACCAGAACAACAACAACAACAACAACAACAAUAACAAUAAUAAUAAUAAUAAUAAUAUUAUGAUAAUAAAUUAGAGUCAUCAUUUUUAUUAAUGAAG